GGCUCGUCAAUUGCCGCAGUCAACUUGAGCUGCAUCUCAACGUUUUAACAAGUUCGGACACAAAGGCUCGGUUGAAGGCUCUAGUCAGCACCUCCGAUGGAGCUGGCGUCAAACUUGAACAACUCCAGACCCACAUCGAAGCACUUCAAAAAGGGGUUACGGUUAUUUCCAUCGCCACGAAGUUCAAACGCAGCUCCGGGAGCUGUUGGACAUCUCGGAAGAUGCAUGUCAAACCAUUGUACAACAGCGGAUUCUGAACAGCCUGGCUUUCGAGGGCAUGCAUGGAAGGUUUGAGGCUGUAGACGAUGCUCACUACAAGACUUUUGAAUGGAUUUUCGAAUCUGACGGCGGUGAAGACUAUGAAAGCAAUGAGAGUGAUAAAAUCAAUGAAGACAGUGAUAGCGAUGAGGGCGAUGACCUUAGACGAUCUAGUUCAGAGUUAUUCAAGCACUGGCUGUCUUUGGGACGAGAUAUCUUCCACAUUUCUGGCAAAUUAGGGUCAGGGAAAUCAACUUUGAUGAAGUUUCUAUGUGAGCAUGACCGAACCAGGGGAGGGCUGCAACAAUGGGCAAGUACGUUUACUUAUGCUAUCGGACCAGAUGGCCGCUACAAAUGUGAUCGGAAGCUUGUCUUUGCCAGCUUUUUCUUCUGGAAGCCAGGCACUCUACUGCAAAAAUCUCUAAGUGGUCUCUAUCGGUCCCUCCUUCAUGACGUGUUGAACUCGUGUCCUGAACUCAUACCUAUGUUGCUACUGGAUCAAUGGAACGAAGCAAAGUCAAUGCCAUGGCAAGUUCAAACCCAACUUCAACUUGGAACUAAGGAUAUCAAGGCAGCUUUCACUAGAUUAAGAGAAAAUCAAAACCUGUACGAAAAGCAUUGUUUCUGCUACUUCAUCGACGGCCUUGACGAAUACGAGGAAACACGUUCAGAAGACUACACAGAAAUCGUCAAAAUCCUUUCGGAUUGGACGAAAAAAUCCCGAGGCAAUGUGAAACUCUGCGUAUCUAGCAGGGAAUAUAAUGUUUUUCUCAAUGCCUUUUCUAGUGAGAGAAGGAUUCGGCUUCAAGACCUCACCAGGAGAGAUAUGGAGCGCUACGUGCGAGAGAAGCUACAAAUCGAUAAAAGAGAAGAUUCCGAAACACUCAUCCAAGCAAUCGUUGACAAAGGGGAUGGUAUUUUCCUCUGGGUAGCUUUGGUAGUCAAAACACUUCGGGACCGUCUGGAAGCUAGUCAUGAGCUCCUCGUACUUAAAAGCGAGCUCGACUCGCUGCCUGAUGAAUUAGAAGGUUUAUUUACACACCUCCUCCGGUCAUUGGACAAAUCAGCUCGCAAAAGAACUUAUCAGUUGUUUGCAGUGAUUACAGAAGGAAAUCCAUGUGCCACGGGUUAUUUGUCGCCGUUGGCAUGUUCCUUUCUGGAGAAUUAUUAUGAGAACAAGGCUUUUGCUAUGGUACCAGAUUUCCCUUACUACAUCACGGAAGCGGCAGCUAGAAACGAGAGAGCAGUUCUGGCGUACAAAAGUAUCAACGGGUAUUGCAGAGGCCUCUUAGAAUUUAAGAGGAACAACCCUGGAGAUGAGACACCCUGUCUUACAUUUAUUCAUCGCUCUAUCCCCGAAUUUCUGUCAACGACAAACAUCGAAGAUGACAUGAACCUGUUAAGGAUUUUAUCGCUGUGGAAGCGAUUUCUCAGCUCCUGCUUGCUGAAAUACGGUCAGCGGCUCCCCGCAGCAUUCAGAGAAGAAAAAUGAGCCUUACCAUGUGCCGGAUAGUAAAAAUGAGAUACGACAGCAAGAUCGAAAGACAGCCAUUCC